GGCACGGAAGUUUAUAUAAUAAGUUAUCUCGCCGGGAACAAACUGACGUUAGUACGUACCGCCGCCCACCGCCGCAGCUUUCCGCAAUUUUAUUAUCGUCCAUUCGGCGUCGUCGUUACUUGUUUUGAACUGUUUACUCGUACCUCGUUUGUCGGCCGACGAUAGUCUGGUCAUUUCCGGUGCGAAACUCCUUUGCCCUACAACCACGUUAUCGCAUCACACCCGUAGCUGUCGUCGUCGUCGUCGUCGUCGUCGUCGUGGUCACGAACUUCCAUUUUCCCGCCGUCCGGUUGAUUUGUACAUCCCGACGGCCGACGCCGAACAUCGAUUUCCGGUGGUUUCAUUAGCAAGCCUCCGAUAUGCCUUCCAGAGCAAAAAAAGUAGUGGAAAACAAGAUAAAAUCAAGCUCUGAUGCCGAAGAAGAAGAGUACAUUGUUGAAACAAUUUUAGAUAAACGUUCAAGUAAUAACAAGGUGGAAUAUUUUCUUAAGUGGAAAGGUUAUGGUGAUGACUAUAAUACUUGGGAACCCAAAGAAAAUCUUGAUUGCGAAGAGUUAAUUAGAGUUUUCGAAUACAAAUAUAAACAAGAAGAAAAGGAUCAACCAAAACGUGGCCGUAAACGUAAACAAUCUAAUUCAACUGUUACAAGCUCUACAUCAUCAGAAGCUGGUCUAGAAGCUCCUCAACCGAAGAAAAUGACAGAUAUUUCCGAUAAGUCCGACCUGAACAAAAAUAAUGACAAGUUUCAUGAUGAUGAAAACAGUGUGUUAGAGGAAAAAGAAAAUAAUGAGAAGGUUGAUGAUGAUGAGAACAGAGUGUCAGAGGUAAAAGUCAAUAAUUCUGAAAUUACUCCAGCUCAAAAAAUACCUGAGAAAAUUAUUGGCGCAACUGACGCUACUGGGCAACUGAGGUUUUUAAUGAAGUGGAAAGGAAUUGAAGAAAGUGAUUUAAUCUUAGCUGAAGAGAUUAAUUUACUGUACCCACACAUUGUUCUCAAGUUCUAUGAAGAAAGAAUUGAAUGGCAGACCCCUGAAGAUAAAAAGGAUGUUUAACUACAUAUUAUAAAAUGGAUAAGGACGAUAAGUGUUCAAAAAGUAACUUUUAUAUAAAAUCUUAUUGUAAAUGUCUUAAAUUAUUUAAUUUUUUGAUUAUUAUAUUAUUAUGUAGCAAGUUUGCCUUACAAAUAAAAAUAUCAGUUUAUCAAUUAUAAAAUACUUAAAUGUUAAUAACUAAAUAUUAUAAUUUCAUAAAACGUCAUUUUUUUUUUCUAAUUCUAUAAUAAAAUUUAAUAAUAGUGAUAUCUUAAAUUUUUUUUUUAUCCAUUUCUGUUAAUAAUUAACUUAUUUAUUUUGAAAUUUUUUAUUGUUUAUUUGUUUAAAUUCUAAUGUAAUAGUGAAACAUUUUAUUUUAAAGGCAAAAAAAGUAUAUUAAUUUAAGUUAAUUUAUUUGUUCAAACGUUAGGUUAACAUUUGAUACUUAUUUUAUUUUAAAAAAUAAAGCAUUAUUCUCUAUAUAA